AUGCAGCAGGGCCGGGAGGAGGAGGAGCUGGAGGAGGAAGAGGGGGAUGGCGGCCCAGAGAGGGCUCUUGAGAAGAGCCCUUUCCAGCUAACGGCCGGAGAUGUCUAUGACAUCUCCUCUGUGGUGGGCCAGGACCUGCUGCAGCUCAGCACGGGGCCGCAGAUGUCCGCCGCCCUGGCCCGGCUGCAGUUCAGGAUUGUGAGGGUGCUGGAGAUGCUGGAAGCGCUGGUGAGCGAGAGCAGCCUCGCUGAGGAGCAGCUGCGGAUGGAGCGGGACAGCUUGCGGCGGGAGGUGGAGAAGCUGCGGGAAGAGAGGUCCCGAGAGAGCCCCCAGCAGCUCAGCCUUGGACCAGAUAAAAUGGUAAUAGACCUCACAGACCCAGAUCGCCCCAGGUUCACAUUGCAGGAGCUGCGAGAUGUAUUGCAAGAACGUAACCAGCUGAAGGCUCAGCUUCUUGUAGUGCAAGAGGAGCUGCAGUGCUAUAAGAGUGGGAUUGCCUCAAAGAGAAAGGACCAAACUGAAGAACUGGAAAAAGCAGCCAGUGGCAGCAGCCCUGGCAGCAGAAAGGACAGCGAAGAGAAGACAGUCAUCAGACGGCUGUUCUCUUUUAAACAUGGAAAAUGAGCAUCCUCAAGAAUUUAACCACUCCUGCUCAGAAAUGGCACUGCUGAGAGGCCCUGAGGCAUUGAGAAGUCAAGGAUGGGAAGAUAAAGCAUCACUUCUACUGUAGAGGAUAAUCUUGUGAAGGUUGUGUUGUAUAAUACUCUUUCAGAAUAGAUUUUACUCGGCUGUUUUGGAAACUGUUUCAAGACAGACACUUUUUGUAUUUCACAGAUUCCUGCCAGACGUUACCUACACAUAGAAAAUAAAUGUUUAAUAAAAAACACAGAGCCUCUGACAA